AUGGCUUCGCGAGCUAGGAUGGGCCCGCGAGCGCGUGGCGAGAACGCGGAAUUGAGGGCCGAUCUGAACAGUCAAUACCGAGACACACGACGCGAAGCAACGAAGCGCGUCAUCGCUUCGAUGACUGUGGGCAAGGACGUCUCAGGACUCUUCCCCGACGUCCUGAAGAACAUGCAGACCGACGACCUUGAGCAGAAGAAGCUCGUGUAUCUCUACCUUAUGAACUUUGCGAAGACUCAACCCGAUCUCGUCAUUCUCGCCGUCAACACCUUCGUCAAGGACACGGAAGACCCAAAUCCCCUCAUCCGCGCCCUCUCGAUCCGUACCAUGGGCAUGUUGCGCUCGGAGAAGAUCCUCGACUACAUCGCCGACCCUCUGCGGAAGUGCCUGCGCGACGAGAACCCCUACGUGCGGAAGACGGCGGCGCUCGGCGUCAUGAAGCUCUACGACAUGAAGCCGAGUCUCGCGGUCGAGAACGGCUUCGUCUCGAUGUUGCAGGAGAUGGUCACGGACAGCAAUCCGAUGGUCGUGGCGAAUGCUGUCGUCGCGCUCACCGAGAUUCAGGAAGCCGCGGAGGAUGAGCCCAUCUUUGUGCUCGACUCUCAGACGCUCUCGCGUCUGCUCAUUGCGCUCGGCGAAUGCACGGAGUGGGGUCGGAUAGCCAUCAUGGGGGCGGUUGCGCGGUAUCAGGCCGAGGACGAGAAGGAGGCGGAGCACAUCUGCGAGAGGGUCAUCCCGCAGUUCCAGCACGCGAACGGCAGUGUCGUCAUCAUGAUCCACAUGGAGAACGUCCACCGGGAAGAGUUCGUCAAGAACAUUUUGCGGAAGAUGGCUCCUCCUCUCGUCACGCUCGUCUCGUCGGCGCCGGAAGUGCAGUGGGUCGCGCUGCGCAACAUCAACCUGAUCCUGCAGAAGCGACCGGACGUGCUCUCGAACGAGAUGCGCGUAUUCUUCUGCAAGUACAACGACCCCCCCUACGUCAAGGUCGAGAAGCUCGAGAUCAUGAUCAAGCUCGUGACGGAGAAGAACGUCGACACUUUCCUCAGCGAACUCAAGGAGUACGCUUCCGAGGUCGACGUCGACUUCGUGCGCAAGGCGGUUCGGGCCAUCGGGCAGUGCGCCGUCAAGAUCGAGGGAGCGGCGGAGCGUUGCGUCAACGUCCUGCUCGACCUGAUCUCGACCCGGAUCAGUUACGUCGUGCAGGAAUCGAUCGUCGUCAUCAAGGACAUCUUCCGACGCUAUCCUCAACGGUACGAGGGGAUCAUUCCGACCUUGUGCGCUUCGCUCGACGAGCUCGAUGAGCCGGAGGCGAAGGCGUCCCUCAUCUGGAUCCUCGGCGAGUACGCGGACAAGAUCGAGAACGCCGACGAGCUCAUUGGCUCGUUCCUCGACACCUACGCCGACGAACCGGUCCAGGUCCAGCUCCAGACGCUCACGGCCGUCGUCAAGCUCUUCCUCCACCGACCUGAACAGGCGCAGGCGCUUGUACAGCGCGUCCUUGCCCUCGCGACGAAGACUGCCGACUCUGCCGACCUCCGCGACCGCGCCUACAUUCAGUGGCGGUUGCUCAGCAGCGACACCGAGGUCGCCAAGGCCGUCAUACUCGCCUCUCGACCACCUAUCAGCUUGCCUACGACGUCCGUACCUCCCGCACUCCUCGACGAGCUCAUCAGCGAGCUGGGCGCGCUGAGCGCCGCCUACCAUAAGCCCGUGCAGGCCUUCGUCGCCGGCGGCAAACUUGGUGCCGACCAGAUCUCGACGAGCGAGCGACCGCAGGGCAACCACAUCCAGACCGCCCUGGCGACGGUUGCGGCGGGCCAGAAGGCUGAGAACCUCCUCGACUUUGACGACGACGAGCCCGCGGGCGACGCUUCCGCAGAUCUCUUCGCGCCGCCUUCCGGCAACAAUGCCUCGUCCAAUCCGCUUGACGACCUGCUCGGUCUCUUUGGCGGUUCGACUGGCACCGCGCCCGCCGCCGCAUCUUCCUCCUUCUCCUUCGACGCGCCCGCCGCCGCACCCGCACCCGCACCCUUUGCAUCUGCACCGGCGCCACCAACGACUAACGGCGGCACACCUGCGCCGAAGAACGACCUCGACGACCUGCUUUUCUAG